AUGGCUCAGAUUUUCCUACAGUGCUAUAGCAAGAUGCAGGAGACUGGCUCGACCUUGGACAGUAGAGCUGCUUUCUUCAUCCAGCAUCAGGGAGCCCUGAUGCUGGCUUUCCCAGAUGAGCUCACCAGGUCUGCCAGGGCAUCACCUGUGGCUCCUCAUGGCAUGGCCACCAUGCUUCGAGGUUGAGACUGUAUGAGGGCCUCGGGGAGUGGGAGAUGGUCAAGCCAGCAGAGCGAGGCCCUGGGGGAACAAGGGACAUGGGAUGACCAAACCAGCAGGGUCCCUGCCUUGCACCGUCUCCGUAUAAAAGCACCGCCGCCUCCCUAGCCGCCCUCAUUUCUCGCCUACAGCGGAGCCGCUGUCGAGAAGUCUUUCUCCCCCCAGCACCCCGGAGCUGCGGGGUGAAGCGGGGCGCCCAUGAUGGCCACCGCGGUGGUGGUGGACUCGGAGCCUUCCUGUAGCAUCCCCAAACCCAACUCUUUCUCACUCAACCUCUCGCACCGCUUCCUGGACAGCAAAUUUUACCUGCUGGUGGUCAUCGGGGAGCUGGUGACCGAGGAGCACCUGCGGCGGGCUAUCGCCGACAUCGAGCGAGGAAUUCAUUCAUGGGACAUAAACUUGAUUGAAUGCAACUUGGAUCAAGAACUGAACCUUUUUGUGUCUCGCCAUUCAGCUCGAUUCUCUCCUGAAAUUAGAGGUCAGAAGAUUCUUCACCACAGAAGUGCUGUCUUAGAAACUGUAGUUCUGAUCAAUCCAGCAGAUGAAGCAGUUAGUACUGAGGUGCGCUUAAUGAUCAUGGAUGCUGCAAGACACAAGCUCCUUUUACUAGCUGGACAGUGCUUUGAAAACACAGGAGAACUCAUUCUUCAGUCAGGGACCUUCUCCUUCCAGAACUUCAUUGAGAUUUUCACAGAUCAAGAGAUUGGUGAAUUAUUGAGCACCACACAACCUGCCAACAAAGCCAGCUUAACUCUUUUCUGCCCUGAGGAAGGAGACUGGAAAAAUUCCAACCUUGACAGGCACAACCUUCAAGACUUUAUUAACAUUAAACUCAACUCAGCUUCCAUAUUGCCAGAAAUGGAAGGACUCUCUGAAUUCAUAGAGUAUCUAUCAGAAUCAGUAGAAGUGCCAUCACCUUUUGACAUUUUGGAACCUCCAACUUCAGGAGGCUUCUUGAAACUCUCCAAACCCUGCUGUUAUAUUUUCCCAGGUGGAAGAGGAGACUCUGCAUUGUUUGCAGUGAAUGGAUUCAACAUGCUUAUCAAUGGAGGAUCUGAAAGAAAAUCUUGCUUUUGGAAACUUAUCCGGCACUUGGACAGGGUAGAUUCCAUUCUACUCACUCACAUUGGAGAUGAUAACCUGCCAGGAAUCAAUAGUAUGCUUCAGCGAAAGAUAGCUGAAUUAGAAGAGGAACAGUCCCAAGGGUCUACUACCAACAGCGACUGGAUGAAAAACCUGAUCUCACCUGAUUUAGGAGUUGUAUUCCUUAAUGUACCUGAGAACCUGAAGAACCUGGAUCCUAACUUCAGAGUAAAAAGGAGUGCAGAAGAAGCUUGUUUUACUCUCCAGUAUUUAAAUAAAUUGUCUAUGAAACCAGAACCUCUUUUCAGAAAUGUAGGAGAUAUCAUUGACCCCAUCAUUUUAUUUCAGAAAAUGGGAGUUGGCAAACUUGAGAUGUAUGUGCUUAAUCCUGUAAAAAAUAGCAAAGACAUGCAAUAUUUUAUGCAACAGUGGAGUGGUACUAGCAAAGAUAAAGCUGAAUUCUUGCUAUCAAAUGGCCAAGACCUAGACAUUCCAUUAUCCUAUUUCACCUCUGUCUCAUCCCUGAUUGUAUGGCAUCCAGCUAAUCCUGCAGAAAAAAUAAUCAGAGUUCUGUUUCCUGGAAACAACACCCAAUAUAAUAUUCUAGAAGGACUAGAAAAACUCAAACACUUAGACUUCCUUAAACAACCAAUGGUUACACAAAAAGACCUAACUGGGAACAUCGCUAGUCCAGCUGUGAAACAAGCAAAGUUGAAACAACGAACAGACAGCAAGGAGAGUCUGAAGCCUGCUGCAAAGACACCACCGAGCAAGCCUGUCAGAAAGGAAUCUAAAGAAGAAACACUGGACUCUGCAAAGCCUAGUCCAGCACCGGAAAAACUUCAGAAACUGGAAAGCAAAGAAAAAGUUCCAGUUAAAAAAGAGAAACUAGCAAAAGUGGAGACUAAGCCUAUAAUGGUAGAAAAAGAUGUAACAAGUAAAGAACAAUUAGUAAAAUCUGAAACUCCUGAAAAACAAGCUACAGAUGUAAAACCAAAAGUAACAAAGGAGAAGGCAGUAAAAAAAAAGGAAGUCAAAAUAAAAUCUGAAGAAAAUAAAGUGGAAAAAGAAAAACUAAAGAAAGAGGUUUCUAAAAAAGAGGAGAAAACACCCAUCAAAAAAGAGGAAAAACUCAAAAAAGAAGAGAUCAAGCAAGAAGUUAAAAAAGAGGUGAAAAAGGAAGAGAAGAAGGAAGCUUUGAAGGAAGUAAAGAAAGAAGCUCCACCAAAGGAAGCUAAAAGAGAAGAGAAAAAGAAAAUUAAUAAGGAAGAAAAAGAAGCCAAAAAGGACAUCAAAAAGGUUCCUAAAGAAACAAAGACAGCUACUCCUUUGACUGAAGUCAAAAAGCCAUCAGCAAAGCUUAAACCACGAAAGGAGGAACUUGCAAAUAAAGAAGCAGCACCCGCUGGAAAGCCAAAGGAAAAAGGAAAAGUUAAGAAUGUGAAGAAGGAGAUUAAAGUCAGUGGAGCGCAAGCUGUCUUUGCAGCAGUUGAAGCCACUGCUACAACUGUAGCAGCUGCAGAAAUUAUAGCUAGCGGACAAGAACUUGAAGUGGAGAGAUCCCUUAUGUCUUCACUAGAGGAUCUAACAAAGGAUUUUGAGGAAUUAAAAGCUGAAGAAGUAGAAACAAUAAAAGAAACAAAAUCUCAAGUUGCACUUACAGAGGAUGAACUGAAACUCACUGACACAGAACAAAAAGAGGCCUUUGAAGUCCAAAAAGAAAAAUUAGAUAAUAAAGGACCUGCUGAGUCAUCUGAUGAAGGCAUAACUACCACAGAAGCUGAGGGUGAGUGUGAACAAAUACCUGAAGAACUGGAACCUGUGGAAAAGCACAGGGUUGAUGACAAUGAAAAGUUUGAAGAUGAGGGAACUGGCUUGGAAGAAUCAUAUGAAGCAGGAGAUUAUGAGGAAAAAGCAGAGACAGAAGAAGCUGAAGAACAAUGUGAAGAUGAGGAAGAAAAGACAACACUGGAAACCCCAAAACCAUAUAUGAAGGAAGCAAGAAAAAUGGAAGAGAGUUCAGAAGAAAUAAUGACUGAAGCAAAUGCUAACAUUAAAGCCAAAAGAUAUAUUGAAAAGUCAGAUGAUGAGGCAUCAGAUGAACAGGCUGAGGAAGACAGGGAAGAAGCAGUAGAAAAGGCAGAAACUGAAAAGACUGAAGAAGAGGAGGAAGACAAAGCAGAAGACAUAAGAGAUGAAGAGGAGACUGAAAAAACAGAGGCUGAAGAAAAUUAUGCGAUGACUGUGGUAGACAAAGCUGCAGAAGCUGGUGAAGUUGAAGGUAAAUAUGACCUACUCAUAAUUACACCGAGAAAACAUUCAGAGCCUCAGUCUCCAGCAGCUGAACCGGCCUCUUAUAUCCAUGAUGAAACAUUACCUGGUGGAUCAGAAAGUGAAGCCACUGUUUCUGAUGAAGAAGAUAAAGAAGAUCAACCUGAAGAAUUCACUGCUACUUCAGGUUAUACACAGUCUACCAUUCAAAUAUCCAGUGAACCAACUCCAAUGGAUGAAAUGUCUACACCCCGGGACGUCAUGAGUGAUGAAACUAACAAUGAUGAAAGUGAAUCACCUUCUCAGGAGUAUAUGAACAUUACCAAGUAUGAGACAUCUCUAUAUUCUCAAGAAUUUGCUAGACCUAAACCUUCUCCACUUCCAGAUGCUUUUAAUGGAUUAUCAGAAGGAUCCAAAACAGAGGCCACAGAAGGUAAAGACUAUAAUGCCUCAGCUUCUACCAUCUCACCACCUUCUUCAUUAGAGGAAGACAAAUUCUGUAAAUCUGCAUUCCAAGAUGUAUAUUGGCAAAAAGGAAGUGAAAUCCAAGGCACCGCCAAAUUAGAAAUCAAAGAACCCUAUCUAGAAGAUGGUGGUAAACAUAGUCCAGCUGAGAGUUUGUCUCCUCCAUCACCCAUUGCCAAAACACCACUGAGUGACUGCAGUGUGAACUUUUCACUCACUCCCAAUGAGGUCAAGGUCUCAGCUGAUCCUGUCCCCAUUGCUACAUUGUGUGAUGUACAUCAAGAAGUUGCUGAAGAACACUGUGAAAGCCCUGAAGAUAAAACAUUAGAAGGAGCAUCUCCAUCACAGUCUGCUGCUGGUAGUGCUGGCCAUACACCUUAUUAUCAGUCUCCCACUGAUGAAAAAUCCAGUCAGCUUCCCUCUGAAACCAGUGAAAAGUCAACAGAAGUUCCUAUUAGCUUUGAACUUAGUGAAGUCAAAGAUGAGUCUGCAAAAUCCAGAAUAAGCCCUAUGGAUGAGCCUGUACCAGAUUCAGAAUCUCCUAGUGAAAAGGCUCUCUUACCUCUACAGAGUCCACUACUGAUAGGUUCAGAGACCACUUAUGAUACAUUUUUGAGUGCUGAUAUAGUGUCUCCCAGCAGAGAUUAUGGAAGUCCUUCUGAGGGGAAACCUGAAAAAGAAAUAUCAGCUGUUCUGAUGAGCUCAGCUUCUGAAACCAGCUCUGUGGGCCUUUUCCAAGAAAAACAAGAUGAAAAAAGCAUGGAGUUUAUGGUAAUUAAGGAAGGCUUCAGCCAAGAAAGGAAACUGGAGGAUACAGAACCCAGCAGCUCUCAGUCUUCACUGGUCUUGGAUGAGCAGAAAUUAGGUGAUCUCUCACCUACUCAAAUAGAUAUCGGUCAGUUUGGUUCCUUAAAAGAAGACACUAAAAUGUCAAUUUCUGAAAGCACCGUUUCUGAGAAGUCUGCAACUCCAGUUGAUGAAGUUGUUGCAGAAGACACCUAUUCCCAUAUAGAAGGAGUAGCUUCUGUCUCUACAGCAUCUGUUGCUACUAGUUCGUUUCCAGAACCAACUACUGAUGAUGCAUCUCCUUCUUUGCAUGCUGAGGUUGGAUCCCCCCACUCUACUGAAGUUGAUGAUUCCCUUUCAGUGUCAGUUGUACAAACACCAACAAUGUUUCAGGAAACAGACAUGUCUCCAUCUAAGGAAGAGUGCCCAAGGCCCAUGUCAAUUUCUCCACCAGAUUUCUCACCUAAAACCACAAAAUCAAGAACCUCAGUGCAUGAUCACAGCUCUCCAGAGCAAUCAACUAGGUCAGUAAAAUUUGGUCAGGAGUCCCCUGAGCAGUCUUUAGCAAUGGACUUUAUUAGGCAAUCUCCAUACUAUCCUAGUGUAGGCACUAGUAUACACCAUAUAUCUGAAAAUGGUCCAACAGAAGUAGAUUAUAGCCCUUCAGAUAUACAGGAGACUACUUUCGCACAGAAGAUUUCCCCUAUGGAGCAGUCAUCUUACUCUCAGGAGAAGGACAUUUCAGAAAUUAUUUCUGUUUCUCAAAUUGAAGCUUCAUCCUCAACUUCAUCAGCUCAUACACCUUCUCAGUUAAUUUCACCUCUGCCAGAAGAAACAUUUUCAGGUGCUGUUCCACUCAGAGAUAUGUCACUACAUUCUUCUUUUACCUCAGAAAAGGUGCAGAUCCUAGGAGAAAAGCUGUCACCAAAAUCUGACCUUUCUCCAUUAAUUCCAAGGGAAUCUUCUCUGCACUCUCCUAGUUGUCCAGAUUCACCUCCUGCAAUCACAAAUGUGGUAUCAGCUAGUCCCAUAUAUUUGUUGUCGCUGCAAAUGUCCUCUGUCAAAGCAUCUGGUUACCAGGAACCCCUAAUAAAGCACAGUCCAGAACCUUUAAUCAGCCCAGUAAAAGAAGAUUCAGAGAAAAGCAGCAGGUCACCAGAACAACUUAGUUAUUCUUACAAGGCCACAGAGAAAGCUACUAGGUCACCAGAGGAUAUUAACUACUCCUAUAAGACAGUUGCAAAAUCUAUAUCGCCUCAGGCCACAGAUUUUUCCUAUGAGAUAACAGGGAAAGCUACUAGCUCACCUGAGGCCACAGAGUAUUCUUAUGAGAUGAAAGGGAAAACUGCAAGGUCACCAGAAGUCACAGAUUAUUUCUAUGAGAGAAUUGGGAAAGCUAUCAGAUACUCUGAUGCUAUGGAUUACUCCUAUAAGACAACAGGGAAAGCCACCAGCUCGCUUGAAGCCAUGGAUUACUCAUUUGAGACAACUGGGAAAACCACCAAGUCAUCCAAAGCUACUAGCUAUUCCUAUGAAGCAAGUGUACAUUUCACUCCAGGAAAAUCAUUAGCAGAAUCCCAUCAAGAUGUCGACUUAUGCCUUGUGUCCUCAUAUGAAUAUAAACAACCUAAAACUGAACUUUCACCCUCAUUUAUCAACCCAAAUCUCCUUGAGUGGUUUGCAAGUGAAGAACAGUCUCAAGAUCAAGAGAGGCCAUUAACUCAAUCUGGGGGAGCCCAGUCACCUUCUAGGGGAAAGCAGCAAGGACGGCAGUGUGAUGAAACCCCUCCCACAUCUGUGAGCGAGUCCGUCCCAUCACAGACUGAUUCAGAUGUUCCUCCUGAGACUGAGGAAUGCCCUUCCAUCACUGCAGAUGCUAACAUUGACUCAGAAGAUGAGUCAGAAACCAUUCCAACAGACAAGACAAUUACAUACAAACAAAUUGACCCACCACCUAUCCCAAUGCAGGAUCCCAGCCCUUCCUCUAAGCACCCUGAUGUCUCCAUGGUUGAUCCAGAGACUUUGCCCAUCAAUCAGAAUUUGGGUAAACCUUUGAAGAAGGACCUCAAAGAAAAGACAAAGACAAAAAAGCAGGGUACUAAGACCAAGUCGUCUUCUCCUGUUAAAAAAAGUGAUGUUAAAUCAAAACAAGUGGCUUCACCAAAACCAACUGUAAAAGAAUCUUUAGACAAAAUUUCCAAAACAGCUUCUCCAAAAAAGGAGUCUGUGGAGGAGGCAACCAAAAAUAUCUCUAAUCUGGAAGUAAAGUCUCAAGUGGAAAAGAAAGAUAAGGACACCAAGAAUGCAGCAAAUGCAACAUCCAAGUCAGCUAAGACUGCAAUCACAGGACCUGUGAAUAGUAAGUCAGCAAAAUCUACAGCAGUGCCUGCAUCUCCAGUGUACUUGGAUCUGGUGUACAUUCCAAAUCACAGCAAUAGCAAGAAUGUCGAUGUUGAGUUUUUCAAGAGGGUGCGGUCAUCCUACUAUGUGGUGAGCGGGAAUGAUUCUGUAGCCGAGGAGCCAAGCAGGGCUGUUCUGGACUCCCUGAUGGAGGGCAAGGCCCAGUGGGAGAGUAACAUGCAGGUGACCUUAAUCCCAACCCAUGACUCGGAAGUGAUGAGGGAAUGGUACCAAGAGACCCAUGAGAAACAGCAGGAUCUCAACAUCAUGGUUUUGGCAAGCAGCAGCACUGUUGUUAUGCAAGAUGAAUCUUUUCCUGCAUGCAAGAUUGAACUGUAA